AUGCUACGGCUGGGAAUGCCACUAGAUGCGCAGCAAACUGCAUAUGUGGAUGCUGCCGUCAAUAUUCCAUUUGUGGUUAAUUCAGACGAUGAUGGAAUAGUCUCCUACGAACUAGAGAAAAUGAGGAGCAUAUUGGAGAAGACGAUGCUGGAAACGCGUAGCAUGCCUCUCGAAAAUAGACCGCGACUUCCCCACAUACCCCUUAGCAAGCAAAAUCGGGCUGUAGUGCGGGCUCUUAACCCAAUCCUGGUGACCCAUUUGGAAUAG